AUGACCACUUUACUCUUGGCGUUUGUGACUCUGAGGGUCAUUACAGCAGCCAGCGCAAUAGAAGCUUCAGACCCUGACAACUCGCUGAGUGUCAGCAUCCCCGAACCGUCCCCCCUGCGGGUCCUCCUGGGGAGCUCCCUCACCAUCCCCUGCUACUUCAUCGACCCCAUGCACCCCGUGACCACCGCCCCCUCCACCGCCCCCCUCUCCCCGAGAAUCAAGUGGAGCCGCAUUUCCAAGGAGAAGGAGGUAGUGUUGCUAGUGGCCACGGAAGGGCAGGUGCGGGUUAACAGUGCCUACCAAGACAAGGUCUCGUUGCCCAACUAUCCGGCCAUCCCCAGCGACGCCACCUUGGAAAUCCAGAACCUGCGUUCCAAUGACUCUGGGAUGUACCGCUGUGAGGUCAUGCACGGCAUUGAGGACAGCGAGGCUACCCUGGAGGUCGUGGUGAAAGGCAUCGUGUUCCAUUACAGAGCUAUCUCCACACGCUACACGCUGGACUUUGACAGGGCACAGCGGGCCUGCCUGCAGAACAGUGCCAUCAUCGCCACACCCGAACAGCUGCAGGCUGCCUACGAGGACGGCUUCCACCAGUGCGACGCCGGCUGGCUGGCCGACCAGACUGUCAGGUACCCCAUCCACACUCCGAGGGAAGGCUGUUACGGGGACAAGGAUGAGUUUCCGGGCGUGAGGACAUACGGCAUCCGAGACACCAAUGAGACCUAUGAUGUGUACUGCUUCGCUGAAGACAUGGAAGGCGAGGUCUUCUAUGCCACAUCUCCGGAGAAGUUCACCUUCCAGGAGGCAGCCAAUGAGUGUCGGCGGCUGGGCGCCCGGCUGGCCACCACAGGCCAGCUCUACCUGGCCUGGCAGAGCGGCAUGGACAUGUGCAGUGCUGGCUGGCUGGCCGACCGCAGUGUGCGCUACCCCAUCUCCAAAGCCCGGCCCAACUGCGGGGGCAACCUGCUGGGCGUGAGGACCGUCUACCUGCAUGCCAACCAGACGGGCUACCCUGACCCCUCAUCCCGCUACGACGCCAUCUGCUACACAGGUGAAGACUUUGUGGACAUCCCAGAAAACUUCUUCGGGGUGGGUGGUGAGGAGGACAUCACCAUCCAGACAGUGACCUGGCCUGAUGUGGAGCUGCCUCUGCCCCGAAACGUCACCGAGGGUGAAGCCCGAGGCAACGUGAUCCUUACUGUGAAACCCAUCUUUGACGUCUCCCCCACUAUCCCGGAGCCCGAGGAGCCCUUCACGUUUGUCCCCGAAGUAGGGGCCACUGCCUUCCCUGAGGCUGAGAACAGGACUGGAGAGGCCACCAGGCCCUGGGGUGUCCCCGAGGAGUCCACGCCUGGCCUGGCCUUCACCGCCUUCACCAGCGAGGACCAUGUGGUGCAGGUGACCGCAGUCCCAGGCGCCACCGAGGUUCCCGGGCAGCCACGAUUGCCAGGGGGGGUUGUGUUCCACUACCGGCCAGGCUCUGCCCGCUACGCCCUGACGUUUGCGGAGGCUCAGCAGGCCUGCCUGCGCACCGGGGCAGUGAUCGCCUCCCCGGAGCAGCUCCAGGCCGCCUAUGAAGCAGGCUACGAGCAGUGUGAUGCUGGCUGGCUGCAAGACCAGACUGUCAGAUACCCCAUCGUGAGCCCACGAACCCCAUGUGUGGGUGAUAAAGACAGCAGCCCAGGAGUCAGGACCUACGGCGUCCGGCCACCGUCCGAAACCUAUGAUGUCUACUGCUACGUGGACAGGCUCGAGGGGGAGGUGUUCUUUGUCACACGCCCAGAGCAGUUCACCUUCGAGGAGGCCCUGGCAUUCUGUGAAUCCCAUAACGCCACACUGGCCUCCACGGGCCAGCUCUACGCCGCCUGGAGCCGGGGCCUGGACAAGUGCUAUGCUGGCUGGCUGUCCGACGGCAGCCUCCGCUACCCCAUCGUCACCCCGAGGCCCUCCUGUGGCGGAGACAAGCCAGGCGUGAGAACGGUCUACCUUUACCCCAACCAGACAGGCCUCCCAGACCCACUGUCCCGGCAUCAUGCCUUCUGCUUCCGAGGUGUCUCAGCAGCACCCUCUCCAGGAGAAGAAGAGGGUGGCACAGCCACGCCCUUUGUGGAGGACUGGAUCGCUACCCAAGUGGUGCCUGGUGUGGCUGCUGUCCCCUCCGGAGAGGAGACCACGACAAGCCCAGACUUCACCACUGAGCCAGAAAACCAGACGGAAUGGGAACUGGCCUACACCCCAGUGGGCACUUCCCCACCACCAGGGAUCCCUCCAACAUGGCCUCCCACCAGCGCAGCAACAGAGGAGAGCACAGAAGGCCCUUCUGGAACGGAAGUGCCCUCAGCCUCGGAGGAGCCGUCCCCCUCGGAGGAGCCAGCCCCCUCGGAGGAGCCCUUCCCCUGGGAGGAGCCAUCCACACUUGCCCCCCCAGUGCCCAGUGGGACUGAACUGCCAGGCUCUGGGGAGGUAUCCGGGGUACCCGAAGUCAGUGGUGACUUCACAGGCAGUGGAGAAGUUUCAGGACGUCUGGACUCCAGUGGACAGCCCUCAGGGGAAAUUUCAAGUGGACUGCCCUCUGGAGAUCUUGACUCCAGUGGUCUCACCUCUGCAGUGGGCUCAGGCCUGCCUGUGGAAAGUGGACUGGCCUCCGGGGAUGAAGAUAGAAUUACAGGGCCCAGCAUUCCUAAAGUUGGAGGUGAGGGCCUGGAGACCUCUGCCUCUGGAGUAGGAGACCUCAGCGGGCUGCCUUCUGCAGAAGGUCCAGAAGUCUCUGCCUCUGGAGUAGGGGACCUCAGCGGGCUGCCUUCUGGAGAAGGUCCAGAAGUCUCUGCCUCUGGAGUAGGGGACCUCAGCGGGCUGCCUUCUGGAGAAGGUCCAGAAGUCUCUGCCUCUGGAGUAGAGGUCCUCAGUGGGCUGCCUUCUGGAGAAGGUCCAGAAGUCUCUGCCUCUGGAGUAGGAGACCUCAGCGGACUGCCUUCUGGAGAAGGUCCAGAAGUCUCUGCCUCUGGAGUAGAGGUCCUCAGCGGGCUGCCUUCUGGAGAAGGUCCAGAAGUCUCUGCCUCUGGAGUAGAGGUCCUCAGCGGGCUGCCUUCUGGAGAAGGUCCAGAAGUCUCUGCCUCUGGAGUAGGGGACCUCAGCGGGCUGCCUUCUGCAGAAGGUCCAGAAGUCUCUGCCUCUGGAGUAGGGGACCUCAGCGGACUGCCUUCUGGAGAAGGUCCAGAAGUCUCUGCCUCUGGAGUAGAGGUCCUCAGCGGGCUGCCUUCUGGAGAAGGUCCAGAAGUCUCUGCCUCUGGAGUAGAGGUCCUCAGCGGGCUGCCUUCUGGAGAAGGUCCAGAAGUCUCUGCCUCUGGAGUAGAGGUCCUCAGCGGGCUGCCUUCUGGAGAAGGUCCAGAAGUCUCUGCCUCUGGAAUAGGGGACCUCAGUGGACUUCCUUCUGGAAGAGAAGGUCUAGAGACCUCUGCCUCUGGAGUAGGGGACCUCAGCGGGCUGCCUUCUGCAGAAGGUCCAGAAGUCUCUGCCUCUGGAGUAGAGGUCCUCAGCGGGCUGCCUUCUGGAGAAGGUCCAGAAGUCUCUGCCUCUGGAGUAGGGGACCUCAGCGGGCUGCCUUCUGCAGAAGGUCCAGAAGUCUCUGCCUCUGGAGUAGAGGUCCUCAGCGGGCUGCCUUCUGGAGAAGGUCCAGAAGUCUCUGCCUCUGGAGUAGAGGUCCUCAGCGGGCUGCCUUCUGGAGAAGGUCCAGAAGUCUCUGCCUCUGGAGUAGAGGUCCUCAGCGGGCUGCCUUCUGGAGAAGGUCCAGAAGUCUCUGCCUCUGGAGUAGAGGUCCUCAGCGGGCUACCUUCUGGAGAAGGUCCAGAAGUCUCUGCCUCUGGAGUAGAGGUCCUCAGCGGGCUGCCUUCUGGAGAAGGUCCAGAAGUCUCUGCCUCUGGAAUAGGGGACCUCAGUGGACUUCCUUCUGGAAGAGAAGGUCUAGAGACCUCUGCCUCUGGAGUAGGGGACCUCAGCGGGCUGCCUUCUGGAGUAGAGGGUCAUCCAGAGACUUCUGCUUCUGGAGUAGGGGACCUCAGUGAAUUUUAUUCUGGAGGGGAGGGUCUGGAGACCUCUGCUUCUGGAGCUGAGGAACUCAGCGGGUUGCCUUCUGGAAAAGAAGACUUGAUUGGGUCAGCUUCCGGAGACUUGGACUUAGGCAGAAUACCUUCUGGAACUCUAGGAAGUGGGCAAGCUCCAGAAGCAAGUGGCCUUCCAUCUGGAUUUAGUGGUGAGUAUUCUGGGGUGGACCUUGGAAGUGGCCCAUCCUCUGGCCUACCUGACUUUAGUGGACUUCCCUCUGGAUUCCCAACCGUCUCCCUAGUGGAUACUACAUUGGUGGAAGUGGUCACAGCCACCACUGCAAGCGAACUGGAAGGGAGGGGGACUAUUGGCAUUAGUGGUGCCGGAGAAACAUCUGGGCUGCCCUUCAGCGAGUUGGACAUUAGUGGGGCAGUUAGCGGACUCCCGUCAGGAGCUGAACUCAGUGGCCAAGCCUCUGGGUCUCCUGACACCAGUGGGGAAACAUCUGGAUUCUUUGGUGUCAGUGGACAGCCAUCAGGAUUUCCUGACAUCAGCGGGGGAACAUCUGGGCUUUUUGAACUCAGUGGACUGGUCUCCGGCCAACCGGAUGUCAGUGGAGAAGCUUCUGGAGUUCUUUCUGGCAGUGGUCAACCAUUUGGCAUAACCGACCUGAGUGGGGAAACAUCUGGGGUCCCUGGUGUCAGCGGCGCGACCUCUGGAAUCCCUGACCUGGUUCCCAGUGCCGGGAGUGGCAGCGGUGCAUCUUCUGGCAUUACAUUUGUGGACACCAGUUUGGUCGAAGUGACCCCAACUACAUUUAAAGAAGAAGAAGGCUUGGGGUCUGUGGAACUCAGUGGACUCCCUUCAGGGGAGGCAGGUCUGUCAGGCACAUCUGGGAUGGUGGAUGUCAGUGGACAGUCUUCUGGAGCAGUUGACUCCGGCGGGUUUACCUCCCCCGCCCCAGAAUUCAGUGGCCUGCCAAGUGCAGUAGCUGAGGUCAGUGGAGAAUCCUCCGGGGCAGAGAUGGGGAGCAGCCUGCCCUCAGGAGCAUAUGACGGCAGUGGACUUGCUUCUGGUUUCCCCACUGUGUCUCUUGUAGACAGGACUUUGGUGGAAUCUGUAACCCAGGCCCCAACAGCCCAAGAAGCAGGAGAAGGGCCUUCGGGCAUUGUGGAACUCAGUGGUGCCCAUUCUGGAGCACCUGACGUGUCUGGAGACCAUUCGGGAUUUUUGGACCUGAGCGGGCCGCAGUCCGGGCUGGUGGAGCCCAGUGGGGAGCCAUCAAGUACUCCGUAUUUUAGUGGGGACUUUUCUGGCACUGUGGAUGUUAGUGGCGAAUCUUCUGCGGCCACGGGCACCAGUGGAGAGGCCUCAGGACUUCCAGAAGUCACUUUAAUCACUUCUGAGUUCGUGGAGGGUGUCACUGAACCAACGGUGUCCCAGGAACUUGCACAAAGACCCCCUGUGACACACACACCCCGGCUUUUCGAGUCCAGUGGAGAAGCCUCUGCGUCUGGGGAAAUUAGUGGAGCCACCCCCACGUUCCCCGGGUCUGGGGUAGGAUCGGUCCCGGAAUCCAGCAGCGAGACACCUGCCUUUCCUGAGGCUGGAGCGGGGGCGUCUGCUGCCCCUGAGGCGAGCGGAGGGGCUUCCGGGUCCCCUGAUGUGAGUGAAGCCACCUCCACCUUCCCCGACGCUGAUGUGGAGGGAGGCUCAGGCCUGGCGGUGAGCGGCAGCACCUCAGCCUUUCCGGAAGGCCCCGGGGAGGGCUCGGCCACCCCGGAAGCGCGGGAGGAGCCAACCACCACCCACGAUGUGGGCACAGAGGCAUCGGGCUGGGCUUCGGCCACUCCGAUGGCUUCUGGAGACAGGACUGAAAUCGGCGGAGACCUGUCUGGUCACACGUCAGGGCUGGACGUGGUCAUCAGCACCAGCGUGCCAGAGUCUGAAUGGACCCAGCAGACGCAGCGCCCUGCAGAGGCACACCUAGAAAUCGAGUCCUCAAGCCCCUUGCACUCAGGAGAAGAGACCCAAACAGCCGAAACAGCCACCUUCCCCAUAGAUGCUUCCAUCCCAACUCCUCCAGGAGGGACAGAUGAAUCCGCGGUAACCGUUGCAGCCCCUGCCAGGUACUGUGCCAAGAAGCCCUGUGGCAGUGCAAUCUGCCAGGAGACAGAGGGACACAUCACAUGCCUGUACCCCCCUGGCCCCACCGGCAAGAACUGCAACAUAGACAUUGAUGAGUGCCUCUCAAGCCCUUGUCUGAAUGGAGCCACCUGCGUGGACGCCAUCGACUCUUUCACAUGCUUAUGCCUUCCCAGCUACCGAGGGGACCUGUGUGAGAUUGACCAAGAGCUGUGUGAGGAGGGCUGGACCAAGUUCCAGGGCCACUGUUACCGCUACUUCCCCGACCGCGAGAGCUGGGUGGAUGCGGAGAGCCGGUGUCGGGCACAGCAGUCACACCUGAGCAGCAUUGUCACCCCGGAGGAGCAGGAGUUUGUCAACAACAACGCCCAAGACUACCAGUGGAUCGGCCUGAACGACAGGACCAUCGAAGGGGACUUCCGCUGGUCAGACGGACACUCCUUGCAAUUUGAGAACUGGCGCCCCAACCAGCCGGACAACUUCUUCGUCAGCGGAGAAGACUGCGUGGUGAUGAUCUGGCACGAGAAGGGAGAGUGGAAUGACGUUCCCUGCAAUUACUACCUGCCCUUCACGUGUAAAAAGGGCACAGUGGCCUGUGGAGACCCCCCGGUGGUGGAGCACGCCAGGACCUUCGGGCAGAAGAAGGACCGGUACGAGAUCAAUUCCCUGGUUCGGUACCAGUGCACUGAGGGCUUUGUCCAGCGCCAUGUGCCCACCAUCCGGUGCCAGCCCAGCGGGCACUGGGAGGAGCCUCGGAUCACCUGCACAGACCCCUCCACGUACAAGCGCAGACUACAGAAGCGGAGCUCACGGCCCGCCCGGAGGAGCCGCCCCAGCACUGCCCACUGAAAGCAUCCCGGACGCGCCCAGGAUGCUGAGCCCAGGAGCCUCGCCAGGCUGACAUCCCACACGGAUGGGGUCCUCUUCUUGUCGCUUUCUGUCAUAUAAGGAAUUCCAUUAAAGAAGGAA